CAGUGAGAAAAGCAUGAACUCCUGUGGUGUCCUUAACCUAAUCAUAGUUCCAAGCCUUUCUCAUGAUGCUACAACAUUGGUACAUCAACCACUUCAACGAAGCUCAAAAGAGAGAGAGAGAGAGAGAGAUGCAUGUCUUCUUAAACCCACCAAACCAACCUAAUCGCAUCACCUUUCUCUGCCGCUCCUGCGAAGGUCGAUCAUGAAGUCCAUACUGUUUGAACCUCCAAGCAGAAGACAGGAGGGAGGAGGAGCUCACGAUCAAGAUAAAGCCACAGAAGCAGCCCAUGGUUUCCGGAACCCCCUGGAGCUCAGUCUUCGCAUCUCUUCCGGUGUCAUGGCCUGCAACGUUGGCGGUGGUGAUUCCGGCGAGUGCCGAGGACUCUUAGCUACCAGAGAUAACCUUGUGGUGCACCCAAGAGACCAAGGAGCUAAGGAGUGGCUUCCAGCUGAGAUCCACAGCGGAUUCAUCCACCCGUGGAGUCUCGCUGCUCGGCAGCAGAAGGCAGUCUUCGAGCAAGCUUCUUCUGCGCCGAGAGAUGCGCAUCCUUCGUCUUCCACGCCGCCGCCGCCGCCACUGCUUGUCGGCUGGCCGCCAGUGCGAACCUCUCGAAAGCAUCUAAGCCUGCUGAAGCCCGGGAUGGACGGAGAGAACGACGCGAAGAGGCGAAAGUUAACAGAGAGAGAGGCAACAACAGUGCUUACGACAGAAUCGAGAUCAAGACCUUCGAUGUUCGUGAAGGUUAACAUGGAAGGCUACGUGGUGGGAAGGAAGAUCGACCUGGGAGCCCAUGAGAGCUACCGGUCGCUCUAUCGCGCCCUCUCCAAGUUGCUCGGCAACUUCCUCUCCUGUACGGGAGCUCGGAUGCGAUCAGCUAAUUAUUCAAACAAUUCAGGAGAACAAGAUGAUGAGGUUGUUGAUGAUGACUUUGUUCUGCUUUAUGAAGAUAGUGAAGGUGAUCAGAUGCUUGUUGGUGAUAUCCCCUGGGAGUUGUUUAUUACUUCUGUGAAAAAGCUCUACAUUGCUCAUGGCAGAAAGAAGGCUGCUGCAGGAGGAGAGGCACAAAAGACUCAUCACAAGCAACAACUGAAUCACUGACAGGAGAAAUGAAGCAUAUGAAUCAAAUCAUCUGCUAACUCCUUUUGUUGCUCCUUGUAUUACUCUAUGUGCUUGUAGGUUAUCUGUUGUGUCAUGGAGAUUAUGUUUUAGGAAUUUGAUUAGAUGAAAUAGUUUAUAACCUCUUGAUCGAUUGUUUCUCUUUUUGAAGGUCUAUCACAUCAUGAGUACCAAAUCCUAGAGACUACUGUAUUGAGAAUACAAAUAAAAUUUUAG